GUUGGUCGGUUUCGCGGCGCGCGAGGAAACGAGGUGACGGGGGGGGGAGGAGGGCGGUAGGUGAAGUAAUAAUAGGCCAGCAUUGAGAGCGGCCGUUGGCUGGGUAAGCGCGUGCGGCUCCCACAUUGGCUCCUUUCUCUUAUUUCCCGCCCCACCACUCUCCAUUAGUGCGCCCUCUAUAGGUAGGGGAGGGAAAUGACCGAUGGAAGAGAGGAAGGUUCGGGGGAGGUAAAAGGCCGCGCGCGCGCACGACCACCGGCAACCAGGCACACGCGCGCGCUCUUAUCUGUUUCCUCACUUUUCCCUCCCGACUCGAAGCAGAGACUUGCACCCCUCCAGGGAGGUGGGUGUGAGCGAGAGGAGUAGAGCCCCGGCCGGUCCGCCAUCUUACCUGGGUGGGAGGGGGGAGGAGUGAGGAGGGAGGGGAGGCGCCUCCUGCCCCGCCUCCUCCUGCCGCCGCCUCAGCCCCAGCGCCGCCGCCUCGGCCGGAGAGAAUCCGCCGCCAUCCGCGGCCCCCAGGCCUCUCCCGCGCGACUUCUCCCUUUGCGCGGCCUUCGCCGGUGCUCCUCGGCACGUCGCCCACCCCUCCCACCCGGAUGCUGAUCCCUAACCAGGCCCCGCCGAGCCAGACCCGACCCGCCGCGGCAAAAUGGCGGCCGCCACCACCAAGCGCCAGGGCCAGCCCCUCCCUCCUCCCACCGCUCCCUCCACCCGCCGGCCUCGGCGCUCAAGUCUCGCGAGAGCUCGGGUAACGCGAAGGAGGGUGUGCGUGCGUGGAGAAAGAGAAAAGAAACUCAAACCCAAAGUGUCUCACAGGCACGUCACGGGGGAGGACGGCGUCCCGGCGAGAGGCCGCGGGCCAAAAGAAUUGCGGAAGACGGCGCUCUUCUCCCUCACAAUCAGAUAGAGCGGGAUGCGGGACUGCGAGCCCGCGGGGCGAGGGAAAGGCCAUCGCGAGUGAAGGGCAUGCUGGGAAAUGGAGUCCUGGGGGAUGCUGGGGCUUGGAGUCUCCCUCUUUCGGACGGAGGGAGGGAGGACUCGAUUUGUCUUUCCUCAAAAAUUCUUCCAAUUGUUCGCUGGGCGGGCUGGCGCGACUAUUCGAAGGUGCUCAAAACAAGAUGCACUUAUGAAUGAGAAGAGGCAGCUUUGGCUCGUGAAAACAUGCACUUCCCCUAGGACUCGCAGAUACUUCGGAUGCGACUUUGAAAGUCAGGAAAGUUUCAAUGAAUAUUGUUUACAUGGGAGGGUCCUCGCACCGUCGCGCAAAACGAGGUUGACAAGACGUUGUUGACAACAUUUCGAGCUCCUUUCAAAACUUCCAGUGCCCUGACUUUACAGGUGAUAAAUCUGCAUUGGGAACUCCAGAGCUUCAAUGAGUUCUGAGUUUGAAAUCAUGAUUUCUCCAAAGGGAACAAAUUCCAAAUUUUGACGUUAGAUGCAAAAGUGGGCCUGGCUAACUUGGCAAAGGAAGGGGGAAAAACUCAUUGGCACUUAAAGCAAAUAUGAAAGUUAUUUCAAAACCAGUAUUUUCAUUUUAGAUGUAGCAUAGACCUUUUCAUGUUCAUGUGGUUGAGGCUAUUAUCCUACACACACAGUUGGCAGUAAACCCUAUUGAACUUAAUAGAUGUUACUUUUGAAUAAACAUUUUAGGUUCAUGCUAAAGCCUUCAGCUACCUGCUUAUAAACUCAUUUUUAAUUAUGUUUUUUAUUACUGCAUUUAUUGCUUUGAUAACUAUAAGUCAUAGUUAAUUUCUAAGUAAAAUAAGGGGAUGACGUUUACAAAUAUUUGCUCUUCUUCACUUCCAUUCUGGAUAGAUGGUUCAGGAUUGGGCCUGUCCAACAAAUAUAAAACAAUGGGGACAGAGAGACUGUAUAAUGCAAUGUCUACUUGACUUAAUAUGUGAGAGGCCUAUAUUCAAGUCCUACCUCUGCCAUUGACUAAUUGGCUGCAGUGGAAAAAACAAAUACUAAUGGCUAGCUAGGACAUCCUCCCACUUAUUCUGAGGAUAAACCAAGUUAAUGCUGCAGUCCUAAACACACAGGGAUUUUUAGCAAAAUUGUAGCUAUAUCGAGUACUAGCAUCUUUGAUCAAGCCAAUUUGUUAUUGUGAAUAUAUGGCAACUUUUAAUUUAUUUAAACCACUAUGCUGUGUAGCAGGAAUAGCUAACCUGCAGCCCACAGGAUGUAUCCAGCCCCCUCCCCAAGAUUCCUCUCUAUUUGUCAUUUUUAAACUGUAAAAAAAAAAUUGUUAACUGCUUCCGUAGGUGCCACUGUUAUAAGUGAUAAUGGGAGAGUGUGUGUGUCCGUCCGUCGUCGCCUCCCCCCCCCCCCGAUAUUAAAAAGGAUGCAUGAACCCAUGGAAGUUUUGGACUUCUGGAUUGGAGUGCAGCUUGGUAAGUUUGUGUGUGUGCUGUUAAAAAAAACCAGUUAAAUAUAAACUGAUAACCAUACAAUGUUGCCUUACAUUUAAGUCAAACUAUAGGUCUAGCAUGUGGGACGUGGGUGGCGCUUUGGGUUAAACCACAGAAGGUCGGCGGUUUGAAUCCCCGCAACGGGGUGAGCUCUCAUUGCUCCUGCCCACCUAACAGUUCGAAAGCACGUCAAAGUGUAAGUAGAUAAAUAGGUACCACUCCAGCGGGAAAGUAAACCGUGUUUCCGUGCGCUGCUCUGGUUCGCCAGAAGCGGCUUAGUCAUGCUGGCCACAUGACCCAGAAGCUGUACGCCGGCUCCCUCAGCCAAUAAAGCGAUAUGAGCGCCGCAACCCCAGUGUCGGCCACAACUGGACCUAAUGGUCAGGGGUCCCUUUACCUUUAUAGGUCUAGCAUGACCUAAAGCAUUAGUUCUCUAUCACUGCUGUAUGUAGCUCCGCUUGUUGCAGACACAAAUGCAAGCUUUGCUGAUUGUAUGCUGGAACUAGUUUCUUCUGUUUUUAAACAAUUCAUUAAAAUGCCUUCAUCUGUGACAUGUUUCUUUCAGAUAACUUUUAUUUUCAUCAUAAAAGGAAAAAAGCCACACAUUCCAUGAAUGACAUCCAGUUCUGAAGGAACAAAUGGAAACAUAUGUAGAAGAACUCCUGAGGAUGUAUUAUGAGGACAACACCUCAGAAGGUUUUUACCAAGGGUUUAUAAAAUCAUUUUCACUAUACAAUAAAUUGUCAUAGGAUGGUAUCCAAUUUUAGUCACACUUAGAACAAGGUCAGUUAAAUCAAUAGACCUAACUUGGGACUAGGUUGAAAUCUGUGUUGGGGGUCUAGAAAUCUCAGUGGAUAUUCAACCCAGAAAUAAUUUUUAUCUUUUGUUAUCAACACCACUGAGUUUAAAGAGGAUGUACAGUUUAAGAUGCAAUACUUACUUGGGAGUAAGUCCCAUUGAAUUAGGACUGUAGUAUUAGCAGCUUCGGGGUGUUCGCAUGGCAAUUUUUAAAAAAACUGCAGCAUUCCUAUAUGUGAUAACUACUUUCCAAAGACAGCUAUCAUUUGGAAACCUCUUGCUUUAAUUUUUUUCACAAGUAUUACUUUUGAGACCAGAAAUUAUGUUAUUGGGAAUAUUUUGGCAACAUAUUAUGAAAGCAUCAAUAUUUACUAAAUAACCUACAUGUUACAGUGCAUAUUCUGAUUACAAAAUAUGGGAAGAGUCAGUUUGCCUACUCUGAAGGACUAGCUCCCAUUUGACAAAGGUCAGUUAACAGUAAAAAUCACUUGCUAUAAACUACUACAGGGAUUUUGUUUUUUGGACAAUUGGGAACCUUUAUUGAUCUACCAGUUUUUUUAAAAAAAAUCAUACAAAACAGCUCAUCAAGAAUAUUGGACAUUAGAGAUCCAUCUCAGUCUUCUGGAUAAUUCUGUACCACCCCAAAGAGAUCAUGUAUCUUUGUGUGUUAAAAAUAUAAAAAUAAAACCAUUUUAAAAAGCUGGGAGACACAAUUCCAAAUUAGAUUGAAAACUGCAGGAUUCCUGAUUUCCUAAAAGCUUUUGCCACCCAAUUCAAUUUGUGAAUUUGUAGACAGUGGAGUAUAAAAGGCAAGAGUAAGGACUACUACACUUUUCCAAUACUUCAUGUUUCAGACCUGAGCCUCAGUCCAAACUGAACCAGGCAUGUAGGUGGUUUUUUGUUUGUCUGUUUUUAUGUAUAAAAAAUAAAAGUAACCUAGGAUAUAGCAUUUGGCUAGUUGCACUCAUUUCUGCAAAACUGAUCCCUGCAUCACCUCCUAGAACAUGAUAAAAUCUCUAAAUUUGUGGCUUGGCAGUGGAAAGAAAAGUUCAUUCUUAUUAAAGUGGUUUUAAAAGAGAUUUUGGAUUCCAGUCAUUGUCGCUCCAGAUUCUUUGCUCCCUCCUGGUUGGAGACAGCGACAAACAUUUAGACUACUAGAAAGCAGAAAAGUACAAAGCAAACUUCACAGACAAGAAACUUUCAAUUUUACCUACCUCUUCAGUCCUAUUCUUAUCAGAGAGAUUAAAAAAUUGCUGCAAUGGAGAACUUUUGUGAAAAUACAAGGAGUAUAAACCAAAUAAUAUAUAUGUCACUUAUGUAAUCAUGGCCAUUCAGUAUUUAGUGAGAUUUCCAAGGGAUUGCAAUGAACAAGAUGUGGCUUUUGAAUUGAGAAUGGAGAAAAAUAAGCGUGCAACCUGGUAGUAGUUCCGGGCCUGGCUCGUUUCUGGCUGUAAUGCCACAUAUUUUAUCACUUUCCCCCAGAUUCUAGCAAAGCCCAAACAGCCUAUGGCGUUAAGGUAGGGUUACCAGAUGUCCCCAUUUCCCGGGGACAGUCCCCGGAUUUACAAAUCAGCCCCCAUACAAAAUCCAUUGAAGAUGAAAAGUGUCUCCAGAUUCAUUGAAAAAAAUCUGGUAACCUUAUGUUAAGGAGUUGGAAGGGAUGUGAAACAAAACUCCAGAAUCAGAGAUCUCAGGCUGGUGAUAGCCAGGGGAUUUCCCCAAUGACAACAAUUCCACACUGCCAAUCUAGUUUUAUAAUAUACCAGGACGGUACAAGAUUUGGAAAAGUCUGCCCUUUCUGUGUACUUUCUCAACAUUAGGAAGUGUUUGUGGCAGAGGUAUCGAAGACUGACGACUACUGGUUUGAAAGCGGAUUAUGGACGGGUCCCUUGCCAUAAGCAACCAGGCUACGAGCAGCAUCAAUGGCCUACUUCCUCCUCCACUCUCAUUUGGCAUGAUUUAUCAUACUAGGGCAACUCAUAAUAAUGAGAAUCCAGCCUUUAGGGUAAAAAGAGAAAUCCUUAGGGCUUUUGGUGCUGCUUAGAGCAACAAUCAAAUCUAGCUCAGUGUUCAAUAGUUGCUAGCAAAGUGAGAUACCACACUUGGGUGGGGAAACCUCUGGGUAUGACUGGCAGGGGUUAGGGUUAGACCUGCCCAAAUUUACCUUAGUGUCUUGGCAUGGCUUAUAGGAAUGCAAAGUGAGAGGCACCAAAACAUACUUUGUCCCAACUUCAAAGGAGUUACGAAGUCUGCUAUGUAGGUAUCUUGGACCAUUUGAUUUUGCCCAACUUCCUGACAGGUGUUAGCUUUUAAAUGGGCAUUUCUUAAGUUGCCCUCUGGGGUGUGGGAUCAUGCUUUGGAGAAAGGGCUUUGUCUGCUGGGCUCUAAGUCUAGGACUUGUGCAGGAAGGAUUAAAGCUGGAGGCAAGAAAAUGGAAAACCCACUUUCAAUUUCAGGCAGCCACUUGCACUGGUUUAUCACUCUGUCCCUAAAGCAAAAGGGUGAGGGACGAGGGAGACGAAAAUGAGGCUUUCAUUUCUCUUCCAAAGCAAAAACACUGUUGAUGCUGCCUUCAUGCCAAAGUGUUUCACCUCCUGUAAAACCACUGUAAAACCACAGUUGCUCUGGAGAUGUGAUGCUUUUGGGGGAAUCUUGAUCAAACAGUGUACAGUUUGGCUCCAAGUCUUGUUCCCUUUCAUCUUUUAAAGGGCUACAAAAAUUAUACUUGUCCAGGGUGCCAGCCUCCCUUUCCCAGAACUCCAGUUUUAAUCUAA